AUGGUUGAUCAAAUUGAGUCAUGUUCGCCUAAUACGUUGGUACAAUGUCGAAUAUGUCACGAUGAAGAUGAAGACUUAAACAUGGAUACACCUUGUUCUUGUUCUGGUACAUUGCAGUAUGCUCAUAGAAUAUGUGUGCAAAGAUGGUGCAAUGAGAAAGGUGAUACUACUUGUGAGAUUUGCCAACAGCAAUUUAAAGGCUACACUGCUCCUCAAGCUCCUUUGUUUCACUAUAGGGGCAACUGGGAAAUUCCAAGAGUUGGUUUCAAUAAUCAUCAGUUCAUAGCAUUGUUUCCUGCUAAUCAUGAAUUUCUAGACUUUAAUUUUGAAUAUUCAGCUCCCUCUACAAGGAGCCGCGUGUUCAUUCGCAUUGUUGCCAUCAUUUCAGGAAACAACAUCAGUGAGAAGGCUUAUGAGGAUGGAAGAACAAUGGUGGAGAGUAAGACAGCAGACCUGAGAUCUCAAAUCAGGCGAAAAGGUGACACAAACCAAGCUUCAAGUAUAAGGAAUCCAUGGAAGCAAUCAGAUCAGACACAGUCUCAUUCUAAUCAUGAAACACAACUUAAGCAAUCCCGAGACGUGGCAUUGGCAACAGCAGCAAAAUCAAAAUUACUUCUUCGUGAGCUAAAAACCGUUAAAGCGGAUUUAGCAUUUGCUAAAGCGCGUUGUGCUCAACUUGAAGAAGAAAAUAAAUUACUCAGGGAAAGAGAAGGAAGCGAUAAGGGACUUAUCCGUGAUGAUGAUGAUCUGGUAUUAAUCAGUUUGUUGUUUACCUAUUUGAAUUUGCAGAAGAUGGUUUAUCCCUAUUUACCUGAGGAGAUGAGGAAGCCUUCUACCUUCAAAUGGAUGCUGCAGAAUCCUGAGUACCGUCAACGACUUGAAGAAAUGUUAAACAACAUGGGUGGAGGCACUGAAUGGGACAGUCGAAUGAUGGACACCUUAAAGAAUUUCGACCUUAAUAGUCCUGCUGUUAAACAACAAUUUGAUCAAAUUGGGCUUUCUCCCGAAGAAGUCAUUUCAAAGAUUAUGGCCAAUCCUGAUGUUGCCAUGGCAUUUCAAAAUCCUAGAGUUCAAGCAGCUAUCAUGGAUUGUUCACAGAAUCCAAUGAGUAUUGCUAAAUAUCAAAAUGAUAAGGAGGCUUCUCAAAAUGGAGCUCCUUUUAACCAAGGUUUUGGCAAUUCACCCGGUUCUCUAUCUGCACGUAAGUAA